AUUCUGCACUGUAACUUCGUGGAAAAAAAAAACAAUGUGCAAAGUCCAGCAGAGCCAGAAGUGCGAUGACCCUUACCAAAGUCCAACUCAAGAGGGACUGAGUGCUGGGCAGAAUGCUGGCACCAAACAGCAUAGAAGUGGAGCCUCCACCUCCGGGGCUGCAGACGGAGUUUGAGACUCUGUUCAGCCCCGAAGCUCUGCACUUUCUAGCAGAUCUGUGCUCCAGGUUCCAACCAGACGUGGAUAAGGUCCUGAAGACCAGAAUCCUGCGCAAGGUUCAGCUGGAUCUUACUGAAGAACUGCCCGAUUUUUUGGAGGACACGGCUCACAUCCGGAACGAUCCGUCCUGGAGAGUGAGUCCCGUCCCUGUUCGACUGCAGUGCAGACAUGUGGACAUCGGUGACCUUUCACCCUGUGACACGCAGCGUCUCACGCAGGGCCUCAAAUCAUCAGCACAAGGAAUACAAGUAGAUUUCGAUGAUGGCAACUGUCCGACUUACUACAAUCAGAUAAAAGGCAUCUAUAACGUCUAUAAGGUCGUGCAUAAUCAGUUUCCGGAUGCCCCAGCCAUUUCCCAGGCCCCGAUUCUUAUGCUCCGCCCUCGUGCCUGGAACAUGGUGGAGCACAACCUGUUGGUAAACGGUCGUGAGGUUCCAGGUCCGCUCUUCGAUUUUGGUUUGCUGAUGUUCCAUAAUGCAAAGCUGCUGCUCGAGAACCAGAGCGGGCCAUUUUUCUACCUGUCUAAGGUUGAGAGUUACCUGGAAGCCAGAUUGUGGAAUCAGAUUUUUCUCUGGACUGAGGACAGGCUGGGCUUGCCAGUGGGCAGUAUCAAAGCGACUGUUCUGAUAGAGUGUGUACUGGCGACGUUUGAGAUGGACGAGAUCCUGUACGAGCUCAGGGAGCAUUCUGCCGGUCUGAACUGUGGCAUCUGGGAUUACUCAGCAUCCUUCGUCAACAAAUUCGGUCAUCGUGCCGAGUUCCUGCUCCCUGAUCGCAGUAAGUACGUAAACAUGGAGAAGCGUUUCCUGCGUAGCUACAUGGAUCUGCUGGUGCAGACGUGUCAUCGCAGGGGCGCUCUGGCUACCGGGGGCAUGGCAGCACUGCUGUUACCCACAAACACCCACAGCGCAGAGUAUACAACCGUCCUGAACACCGUCACCAGAUUAAAGCUCUUGGAAAUCAAAGCAGGAGUCGACGGCUUCAUGGUGUAUGACAUGAACCUGAUUGAACCCAUGCAGAAAUUGUUCCAGCUCCAUUGUGAAGGACAGAACCAGCUCCAGGAGCUACGCAACGAUGUCAACAUAACUCCUGAAGAUCUGCUUACUAUGCCAGCGGGCGGAGUAACAUUGUACGGAUUGAGGCACAACAUUGCAGUCGGUGUGUUGUUCAUCGAAGCGUGGCUCUCAGGUAGAGGACAUUUCUUCUAUAAGGGGCAGGUGGAAGAUUCAGCUACAGCAGAAAUCUCUCGAUCUCAGGUGUGGCAGUGGAUCAGACACCAGGUAAAACUAGAGGAUGAUGGGAAGACCAUGGUAACUCGUGGGUUUGUCCGGAAUUUGACACAAAGCAUGAUGUUUGAUCUGAGGGCAGAAAUGUGCUGUCAGACUGAGAGCAAAGAUGAAGAGAGAUUAAUCACAGCAGUGGCCAUGUUUCUGGAGCUGGUCCAAAAGAGUGAGUUCCCAGAAUUCCUUACGACACACCUGUACCUGGACCACACAUUCCUGAGCGCUCAGGGUCAGCGUGAAGAGAGCAGGACGCACAAAUCUCUCCGAGCCAGGCUUUAAUCACAACGCUAAUUUCUGUAAAACUACCCGAUCUCAACCUUCUUAUCUCCUGAUGAAUGAAAUAAAGAAGGAACAUAUCAGUGA